AUGUCAAUAAAAACUGAAAAUAAUGAUAAUAAUAUAUCAAAUGAAUUUACAACAGCAACAACUAAUACUACAAAUACAACAACAAAUACAACAACAACAACUGAAGCUUCAACUCCACAAUUAUUUAAUAAUAUGAAUAAUAAUAAAUCAAUAAAUAAUAAUAAAAGAACUUUUGAAUCAAAUAAUUCUAAUUUAGAUUCUGAUUACGAUCAAGAUAAUAAUAAUUUAACAGAUAAUGAUAAUAAUAAAACAAAGAAACCAAAAAAUUCAAGAAGAUCAGUUGCAUGUAAAGCAUGUCAUGCAUUAAAAGUAAAAUGUACUCCAUCAAAUCCUCAAGAACCUGGUGCACCAUGUAUAAGAUGUCUUAAUGCAAAUAGAAAAUGUGAUAUAGAUUUAAAUCAAACAAGAAAAAGGAGGAAAAAAGCUGAAAUAUUAGAAGCUAAAAGGAAAAUUAUUGAAAAUAAGAAUAAUAAUAAUAAUAACGAUAAUAAUAAUGAUAAUAAUGAUAAUGAGAAUAAAUCAGAGAAAGAAAUUUCAAGUUCAAAUGUUUUAUAUGAUGAUAAUGAAAAAUGUAAUAAUAAUGUAACAAAAUCCGACACUAAUAAUAAAAAUAAUAAGAACAAAACUAAUAGUAUUAAUCAUCAAAAUAAUAAACUAGAUAAUAGACAGGUAAUACCACCACCACCACCACCACAACUGCAACAGCAACAACAACAACAACAACAACAACAACAACAACCUCAACCGCAGACUCAACCUCAACCUCAACCUCAACCUCAACCUCAACCUCAACAACUACCACCACAACAUCAAUCUCAAUCUCAAUCUCAAUCUCAACCUCAAUUUCAAUCUCAAUCUCAACCUCAACAACCACCACAACUUCAACAACAACAACAACAACAACAACAACAACAACAACAACAACAACAACAACAACAACAACAACAACAACAACAACAACUACCACAACAUCAACAUCAACAUCAACAUCAACAUCAUCCAAGUUCUAUUUCAUCAGUCUCAUCCCCAAUAUCUAUUCAAUUACGUUCACAACAAUCAACAAUUCCUCCAAUUUCAAGUAACUUAAAUCCAAUGGGUAAUAGUCCUCCUUCACUUUAUACAAAUUAUUUAUCGCCAACAAAAUUAGAAACACAAAAUAAUACUCCCCCAUUAACUAAGGAUCAAGAAAUUCUUAAUUUAAAACAAAGAAUUAAAAGUUUAGAAACUCAAUUAAAUCACAAAAAUCGUAUUCAUAAAUCAUCAAAUUCUGAUACAAAUUAUCAACAUGAAAUUAUUGAUAUUAUUUCUCCACCUUUUAUAUCAAAAUCUGAUUUAGAACAAGAAAUUACUAUAUUAGUAGAAUCAUCUUCAAAAUUAAGUGAAUUAACAAAUGAAUUAAAUUCUUUAGCUGAAAAAAGAACAAUUCUACUAAGAAAAUCAAUGGCACCUGAUAUUGUUUCAAAAGGCUUAAUAACAAUGGAAGAAGCAGAAAUUAGAUUAAAUUUAUAUAAAACAAGAAUAUUAUCUUUUUUACCAUUUAUUGAUGUACCAGAUGGAUUAAAUGCAGAAGAAUUUAGAAUUCAACAACCUUUUUUAUUUAAUUCAAUAAUGGCAGCAAGUAAUGUUGUUUAUACUUCAAAUGAUCCAGUUGAUUUAGAAAAAUAUUUAUCAAUUGAUAAUGAAGCUAUAAGAUCUGUUUGUGAUGAAGUUAUGGUUGUUGGUAAAAAAUCAGUUGAAUUAGUUAAAUCAUUAUUAAUUUUAAGUUUAUAUUAUAAUUCACCUGAAUUAUUUAGACAACGUCGUUAUCAUUUAUUAAAUACAAUUUGUGUAUCACUUUUACAUGAUUUAGGUAUAGUUGCACGACCUUAUUAUUCAUUUGAUAAUAAACAAGGAGCAGUUAAAAAAUCUACAGAACCUAAAACUGGUGAAGAAUAUAGAGCUUUAGCUCUUAUAAUAUAUUUUAAUACUGUUAGUAUUUGUUUAAUAUUAAGAAGAUCUAUAUAUAUUAAAUGGACACCAUAUGUUGAAGAUUGUUGUAAAAUUUUGGAAAAUUCAACUGAGAAAAAAUAUCAAAAAUUAGCUUUAUUUGCAAGAAUUAACGCAGCUUUGGAAAAAAUUCAUUAUAUAAUUCAUUCACCAGAAAAUGGAGAUAGGAAAGUUUCAAGUUCACAAUAUAUAAUACAAGAAUUACAAAAACAUUUAACUCAACUAAAAAACAAAAUUAAAGAUGAUGAUCAUGUAUUUUUAUCUUAUUUAUAUUCAGUUGAAGCUUAUUUACAUGAACCAAAUUUAAGUAGUAUAUUUGAAAGAGAUGAAGAAAGUGGAUUAAGUACAAAUGAUGCUAAAGCAAUAUCUAAUUGCACAAAAUCUUGUCUUGCUGCUUUAAAUGAAUAUUCAAAAUUAACUUCUGAUCAAGUUGCUCAAAUGCCUUUAACAUUUGGUUCAAGAGUUAUGUACACUGGUGGUAUGUUAUUAAGAUUAAGAUAUUUAAUAUUAUCAUUACCUUCUCAUAUUGAAAAAGAUUUAGUACCAAGAGAUGCAGUUACAAGUAUUCAAAGAGUAAGUAAUCUUGUUGAACAAGCUCAUAUUCAACAUCCAUCAAAUUAUCUAUUAAAAAAGACAAAAUUAGUUUUACAAUUAUUUAUUCAAACUUAUGCAACUCAAAUUCAUGAUUUAUUACGUAAAAAUGGUGAAACUCCUCAAAAUUUUAAACCACCAACAACAAACGUACCAAUUGCUACUAAUAAAUUGGAUGAAAGUAUGAGUAAUGAGACUGAAGGAGGUACUCCACAACCAGUACCAUUAGAUAUAUUAUCUUAUGCGGCAUCUUAUAGACGAGAAGGACCUAUGGAUCAACCUCAACCUCAAGAACCUCCACAACGUACAUCAUCUGAAACAAAUGAUAAAUCUACAAAGUAUACUCCACAAUUUUUACCUUUUACAUCAGCUGGUAAUACACCAAUAAAUCCUACAACUUCACCACAACAACAACAUCAACAACCACAAUCAAUACCAUUUAAUCCAAUGCAUUUCGCUCCUCAUCCUUUACCUCAACCUCAACUUUCAAAUCAACAAUUUACAAUACAACAACAACCUCAACAAGAACCAUCGUAUCAACAUCAAAUGCAUAAUCAACAACAACAACAGCAACAACAACAACAACAACAAUUUCAGCAACAAAAUCAACAACAAUUUCAACAACAACAACCCCCAAAUAGAAAUGGAAAUUAUGGAUCACCAGGACCAAAAAAUUUAUUAAAUCCAUACGAAGUUUCAACUGGUUUAACUCCUUUACAAUAUAGAGAUUUUAGAUUACCACUGAUUUCAAAUACAAAUUCAAAAUUUGAUUCAAAUUUAGCAAAUCAAGAUCAAUUAGAAAAUUCUUAUAUGGUUUUAAAUGAUGAAUUUUGGUCUAAUUUAUUAAGUACUGAUUCUGCUGAUAGAAUAAAUUUUACAAGUAGUAAUAAUAUAAAUGGAAAUCAAAUUAAUGAUGAAGUGUUUUUUAUGAAUUAG